AUGCUGGCGCUGGGGCAGAUGGACGGCGCGCCCCGGCAGGGCGCCUUCCUGCUGGGCAGCCCGCCGCUGGCCGCCCUGCACAGCAUGGCCGAGAUGAAGGCGCCGCUGUACCCCGUACCCCUGCCCGCCGGGCCCGCCUCCUCGUCCUCCGCCUCCGCCUCGCCCGCCUCCGCCUCGCCCUCGCCGCCGCUCGGCUCCCCCGGCCUCAAGGCGCCCGCCGCCUCCGCCGCGGGCGGGCUCUCGGCGCUGGGCUCGGCCCCGCCGCAGCUCUCGGCCGCCACCCCGCACGGCAUCAACGACAUCCUCAGCCGGCCCUCCAUGCCCCUGCCGGGCGCUGCGCUCGCCUCCGCCUCGCCCUCCGCCUCCUCGGCGGCGCCCGCCGGGCUGCUGGCCGGGCUGCCCCGCUUCGGCAGCCUCAGCCCCCCGCCGCCGCCGCCGCCCGCCCUCUACUUCAGCCCCGGUGCCGCCGCCGCUGCCGCCGCCGUGGCCGCCGGGCGCUACCCCAAGCCGCUGGCCGAGCUGCCCGGCCGGACGCCCAUCUUCUGGCCGGGGGUGAUGCAGAGCCCGCCCUGGAGGGACGCCCGCCUCGCCUGCGCCCCCCAUCAAGGCUCAAUUUUGCUGGAUAAGGACGGAAAGAGAAAACAUACCAGACCCACUUUUUCUGGCCAGCAGAUUUUCGCCCUGGAAAAGACUUUCGAGCAGACGAAAUACCUGGCGGGCCCGGAGCGAGCCCGGCUGGCCUAUUCGCUGGGGAUGACGGAGAGCCAAGUCAAGGUCUGGUUCCAGAACCGACGGACCAAGUGGCGGAAGAAGCACGCGGCGGAGAUGGCGACGGCCAAGAAGAAGCAGGACUCGGAGACGGAGCGGCUGAAGGGCGCCUCGGAGAACGAGGAGGAGGACGACGACUACAACAAGCCCCUGGACCCCAACUCGGACGACGAGAAGAUCACGCAGCUGCUGAAGAAACACAAGCCGGGGGGCGGCGGGCUGCUGCUGCACCCCCCCGAGGGGGAGGCCUCCGCCUAGCCCGCUCCGCC